AUGUCUUCUGUGAGCCCACGGAAAUCAAUUGAAAGUGUAGCCUCGGGAGCCUCUACGCCGUCCUUAUCGCAACAUUCCUUUAACCCAAUUGAAUCCCCCCGGAUACCCGUUCAGAGAUACCCCCUGAGACGAGCAUCGACCGCGAGUUCCGUCGCAAGCAUUGGAGGGAUCCUUGAUUCUUCUCCACGUCAUGGAUCGAUAGCGGAGUCAGGACAAAACGCUAUCUCUACCCUCCUCCAGCCUCCGAUCGUCCGCACGGGAUUGAUUCCUCAUUCUUCAGUAGCAUCGUUCGGAUACAAACCCCCUAGCUCCCGCGAUAUUCCCCCGGUGACGUUGACAAAUAUUCCUCAUGUGGAUUCUAAGGUGUUCGCGCCAUACCUUUCACAAGUUGGAUCAUUGUAUGAUGUAUUCCAACAGGCUAAGGAGGGGACGGGCGAUCAGGAUUCGCAGCUAGCGCGGGCUGGUAAAACUUUUCCAAAGCCAGAUGAAUACGAGUCUUUACUUUCAAGAUCCCGAGAACGGCGACUAUCCGGCGUAUCGGCCAAUUCUCGCGCGACUUCACCGUACGAUACCAGAGGUAGGAGACGGUCAUUUGCUGGUCGGGGUCGCGGCCAGGCUAUCACCCCUCUCUCUACGAUUCCUCCGGUGUAUUUCGAGGAUGAUUUCCAUCUUGAGAACCCUCGGACAUUCGAUAUCGUUUCGGAAAAGUCUGAAGUUGUCACGCCGCCGAAGACCCCAAGCAAGGACGAUAAGCCAGAAAGUGUAACCGUGGCUGAGCCUGUCCGAACAGGUAGAAAGGCACUCGCUACAAACGCGAUUCUGCAAGAGAAGCUUUCGUGGUACAUGGAUACCGUGGAAAUCCACCUUAUCUCGUCGAUCUCCACUGCUUCAAAGUCGUUCUUCACCGCUUUAGGAUCGUUACGUGAGCUACAUUCAGAAGCGGCUGACUCGGUGAAGCGGAUUCAGAUUCUGCGAAAAGAUCUACAGAAGAUAGACCGGGAAAUGGCUCUGGGUGGGUUGAAGAUUGUUAAUUUGCGACGUCGACGAGAGAACGUCAGAAUGCUCGCCGAUGCGGUGUCACAGCUCAGAGAUGUGGUCCAAUCAGUCUCGCGCUGUGAAGAGUUAGUUGAUAAUGGGGAGAUUGAGGAAGCUGCAGACAGCCUUGAAGAGGUGGAGAGGCUGAUGGCCGGCGACUAUGUCCCUGAUGGUUCUACCAAGAACGAUGAAUCACAAGAACCACCCCGGAAAGCUAUCGAUCUGAGGAGACUCAAGGCCCUUGAAGGGGCAUCGGAUGAUUUGUCGCAAUUACGAUACCGAAUUGGCACAGGUUAUGAAACGCGCUUCUUGAAUGAUCUUCUUGAGGAUUUGAGGCAGCAUAUCGAAAAUGUACCACUGGACACAACACUCCAGCGUUGGGGCGCCUCGUUUCAACGACAACGUGGGGCUCAACGCUCCGGUGCUGCUUUCUCUCCAGCAUACAUGUCAUUUGAUGAGGAAUUGAAGUUGAAAUUACGUGUGCAUCUCACAGGACUUGCUCGCGCACGCCAUACGACUCCAGCGGCUACGUCUUUCAAGACUGCGGUUCUAAGGGAAAUGAAGAGUCUUAUCCGUAAACACAUGCCCAGUUCCAGUGACGAUGAUAACGAGUCAAUGGUUUCAGUUUCCACCCAGAAAUCGCAACAGAUUAGCCAGCAAGAGAAAUCAACAAUCCUUGCUCGCAACCUUCGCGCGAUGGAUGCCGAGGACUCUUACGUCAUGGUUGCCCGUGUCUAUACUGGUAUCAGCGAAUCGUUGCGGAGGCUAAGCGUACAAGUGAAGGUCCUCCUUGAUAUUGCCAGUGGAUUGGGUAACCCGCCCUCCCCUGGCAUUAAGUCUCCCAAGACUCCUGGUCCGCAGGCCGCAGAGAACCUGGAGGCUCCCAGAUCAGACCCACAGCUGGAGGCAACUGUGGUUGCGCAGGACGAAAUUCUGCAGGUUCUGGAUAUGUCCAGCCUUCUAGGGCAGGCUGUUGAUAUCGCGCAGUCACAGAUAAACAAGGUGUUAAAAGUGCGGUCCGAGCAGACCUCUCAUCUACCAAAAGAGGACUUUCUUAAGUACUUUACACUCAAUCGGCUCUUUGCUGAUGAAUGCGAGGCGAUCUCUGGACGAAGUGGCACUGCUCUAAAGACUUUGGUGGGUAACCAGAUCCGAGACUAUAUUACUCGGUUUGGCGAUAUCCAACGCCAUCGUAUUGUCGAGGUAAUGGAUUCCGACCGAUGGGAUGCAAAGGACUUUGGUGAAUCCGAAAGCACCACUCUGAAGCGAAUUCUCGAUGCGAGCACCAUAGAUAUUGAACCCUGGGUGGAGAUUUCAAAAAUUUGGUUGCCUCGGACUGGCAGCAACGACAAGUCAGAUGCUACGACUGUCAACGGCUCCGGAAAGGAUAAAAUCCGGAGUGCUGUCAUUGAUGAGCAAAAGUACAUUCUCUCAGAUAGUGCGAUAGCGAUGAUGAAGAGCAUCGAAGAAUUCCAGUUCCUUAUGGCGAACAUUCCUAGCAUGAUCCAGGAAAUUGCUCCUGGGCUCCUGGAGACGUUGAAACUGUUCAACUCGCGAUCCUCCCAGCUGAUUCUGGGUGCCGGAGCCACUAGAAGUGCUGGACUCAAGAAUAUCACAACGAAGCACCUAGCUCUAUCUUCUCAAGCACUCAGUUUUAUUAUUGCACUAGUGCCGUACGUCCGGGAAUUUGUUCGUCGUCACGCCCCGGGCAGCUCUUUGAUGGGUGAAUUCGAUAAGGUUAAGCGACUGUGUCAGGAGCAUCAGUCUGGCAUCCAUGAGAAGUUGGUUGACAUAAUGAGCUCUCGAUCCGCUGUACACGUAAAUUCCAUGAGGAAGAUUGACUGGGACGCUGACACUGGCGGCAACUCUGUCAAUCCCUACAUGGAGACAUUGGCGAAAGAAACUGGCACACUGCAUCGUGUGCUGAGCAAGCAUUUGCCAGAUAUGACUGUUUCUAUGAUCAUGGACCCUGUCUUUAGCAGCUAUCGAGAACAGUGGACCCAGGCUUUUCAAGAAGUGACCAUUAAUUCGGACACCGGAAGACAAAGAUUGCAACGGGAUGUAGAAUUCUUCCAGUCGAAGCUUAGCAAAAUAGCCGGUUUUGGGAAUCUAGGUGACUCCCUUCUUGACUUGGUCAAGCAAAAGAACACUGCGGCAGAAGCGCAGGAAACGGCGUCGACUGAAGGCGACUCAUCGAAGAGCUCCCCCAAGGCCAGUGAGGAUACCAAGGGCUCUCAGGAAUAG